CGUUUUCUAAUGACUUUGUAUGCUAUAAACGAAAUAGGCUGCUAUAGUCACACUAAUAAGGAGGCUUUACAUAUUAUAGAGGCCAAAUAAUGUGGAGCCUACAUUCUGUCGAUGUGCCCUCGGGCAAGAAACGUAACCAUAGUCGCUCUGAAUAAGAGCGUCUGCUAAAUGUAAAUAUCAGCAUUUCAACCACGUUUUAAUUUUGGCUUUCAAAUGAUGCUUUCCUACCGGAACUUUCUUACAGUAAAAGUCGUUUAUUUUCACAUCUAGGUUUUGACAGAGAAUGGGUCAACUGCGUGCGUAAAGUCCCCUAUAUCAAUAGUCUAGUGAGGCGAAACGUGGACGCGCAAUAUCUCCGUGGUUCCAGCUCAAACAGUUUUGGAUUUUGGGUCGUUUUUAAAAACACAUUUUAUUGAUUGAUCGGUUGAUUUAAUCAGAAGGUACUCAUGGUUGACAUAUGCACAGUACUUUUUACCCAUGACCUUUCCAUGAGUACCAACUCAGUGGCCUUGUGGUUAGUGUCAUCCCUGAGAUUGGAUGGUUGAACUGAUGGAUUGGGGGUAAAGCCCUGCCCUGCGAUAGACUGCUCAGUAUCCUGUCCAGGGGGUAUACUUGUACAUCCAGCUGCCUCAAGCUACAGACAGAAACAGGAGAGAGGCUCCUGCCCUAUGUGCCGUUCCGGCUCUGACAAUGCUACUUCUUACUUAUCAUGAGUAAGGGGAUGGAUGUGUUUCCUGUUAGUUAACUGUAGCAUGACUGCAAUGUUGAGGCAGCAAGGAAGUGACAGGCUUCGAGUUAAUGCUGAUUAAUGUGGGUGAAUGGGAUGACUUUACAUUUCUCAAAGGAUGAUUUAACAGAAAAAGGAUUGCCACAGAGGAAGUUAAGGAUUCCACCCUUUGACUUUGCAUUACAUUGGGAUUCCUCACAGGAAACGAUUGCUGAUUACUCACAACUUUGCACUUUCAGUCUAAGAGACAGGCUGGCAGUGUAGUAUGUUGUUAUACAUCAUUUAUCUGUCUCUCUUCCCAAAUGAAGUGUUGAGUUCACCUUGAGAAUGAACCAAUGUCAUGUAGAAGUAAUUUGAUUUAUUAAACGUCAAGCGUAGGAAUGAAAUCGUCUCAAAAGAGAGCAUCACUGACAGCUAGGUAACCUUUGAGAGAUUAAUCUGCCACACUGUGUCUGGUGCUUGCCAAGGUUCACCAUUAGUGCACAGCACAGAACUAGACCCUGGAAUGGCAACAAAUAGAAGUCAAAUCUUGGCAUUUGGUGCUGCUGGCACUGGUUCUGUUACCUUUCACUUUGGCCAACUUCCUGGACUCCAGAGUCCCUGUGCUCAGCACGUGACUGGCAGGCAGGCAGAGUAGUCUAUGGGUCAGCAUUGCAGAGUCAGUCAGUGAGGGAGUCUGGGAGUGAGUGUGGGGGCAUAGGGAGGACACGCAAUCAGUCUCACACGUAGGCCAUGGCAAAGGGCAAAGGUCGGAGGGUCACACUAAUCAACAUAGUGAUUGAAAAGUGUGGAAUUUAAACAUUCAACCCUAGAGGAGGUCAGUUAUGAGGUUGGCUAUGCUGCUCCUUCCAAACCACCUACAACCUCUCAGACUGGAAUGGGGUGUAAGGUGAUAUGAGUGUAAUCCAUACUUUUGUUUGUCUUGUCAUUACAUUGCGUCCCUAAGUACCACCCACACACACACACACACACACACACACACACACACACACACACACACACACACACACACACACACACACACACACACACACACACACACACACACACACACACACACACACACACACACACACACACACACACACACACACACACACUGUUGCUGGCCUAAUUUCUUUGUCUCCAAAGGCCAGCGUGGGGUUCCAGUAUGUGACACAGAUAAUCAGCAUUACUUUAGAAGCAUGCGACCAUAUCACCGCAGCCAGUGCUUAUAGCUGACUUAGUUAUGACUAGGGUUGCAAACCUACCGGUAGUUUACCAAAGUUACUGGAACCUUUAGUAGUUUUGGUAAUUAACAGAAAAUAUAUAGCAAUCUAUUGUAACUUUGGUCAUUUAUACUUGAUUUACUUAAAAAAAAAAUCGUAUAAAGCAUUCAUUUUUUUUUUAUAUCAGACCAUGUUUCCAAUGAGUUUCUAAUAGAUGGACAAUGUUGUUAUUCAUAAAACAUAUAAAAACACACAUAUAAAAACACACUUUUAUUUAUAAAAGUGUGUUUUUAUAUGUUUUAUGAAUAACCAUUUUUUUCACAUUGUCCAAAUCUGGAAAUUAAAAAAAACAAUACGCUGAAACCCUCAUAUUAGACACCAAUGGUAUUCACUAAGUUGAUGAGAUAAUGUUUUAUAGCUUUGUCAUUCAAGUUGUUUGAAAAUCAUCUUAUAUAAUUAUUCAAUAUACACUGAACAAAAAUAUAAAUGCAACUUGUAUCGUGUUGGACCCAUGUUUAAUGAGUUGAAAUAAAAUAUUCCAGAAAUGUUCCAUACGCACAAAAAGCAUAUUUCUCUAAAAUGUUGUGCACAUUUGUUUACAUCCCUGUUGGUGAGCAUUUCUCCUUUGCCAAGAUAAUCCAUUCACCUGACAGGUGUGGCAUAUCACAAAGCUGAUUAAACAGCAUGAUCAUUACACAGGUGCACCUUGUGCUGGGGACAAUAAAAGGCCACUCUAAACUGUGCGUUUUUGUCACACAACACAAAGUUUUGAGGGAGCACGCAAUUGGCAUGCUGACUGCAGGAAUAUCUACCAGAGCUGUUGCCAGAGAAUUGAAUGUUAAUUUAUCUACCAUAAGCCACCUCCAACCUAGUUUUAGAGAAUUUGGCAGUACGUCCAACCAGCCUUACAACCGCCGACCACGUGUAUGGUGUCAUGUCGGCGAGCGGCUUACUGAUGUCAACGUUGUGGACAAGUGCCCGGCCUAAUGCACUGCCCCCACGUCGCAAGGAUCUGUACACAAUUCCUGGAAGCUGAAAAUGUCCUAGUUUUUCCAUGGCCUGCAUACUCAACAGACAUGUCACCCAUUGAGCAUGUUUGAGAUGCUCUGGAUCGACGUGUACGCCAGUGUGUUCCAGUUCCCGCCAAUAUCCAGCAACUUCGCACAGCCAUCGAAGAGGAGUGGGACAACAUUCCACACGCCACAAUCAACAGGCUGAUCAACUCUAUGUGAAGGAGAUGUGUCGCGCUGCAUGAGGACUCUUUACGUUGCUGCUGAUGCUGUUGGAGUGGACCAGACCAGGCCUACCGUCCCCCCUGCGGCCGAUCUGUGAUCUGCGGGUCCUAAAACACUUUAUUGAAGAGGCCAGAGAUGCCCAAGCAGCCAUGCUGACUUGUAAAGAAGGAUGUGGUCUUCCAGAGCCCGUCACUGUUCCCCAAACCAAAGUAGACUUCAGCGUCUGGGAGAGGAAAAAUGCACUGGAGCAAGCUCAGGAGGUACAGUCUGGCCUGUGGCUGUUAAACCAGGCCAUUGGCUCGCUACGAGCCUCCGUCACCAACACAGCGCUGCACAGCCACAUAGACAACAGCCUCAUAAACAUCUUCAGAAUAGGAAAGGUGCUGCGCAGCCUCAACAUCCAGGAGUGCACCCCUCCAGCAGGAGAAGUGUCUAGAGGAGAGGAGACAUGGCGGGUGUCGUCUGCUUCAGAGCUGCUCCAGGUCCACGUCAACUUCCUGCGAGGCAAGCUGCAGCUCUUGCUGUCCAACGCGCCCGUCUGCCACUAGGGCGGCAGCUGAUUGGGGCUCUCCGAGGCGGGGCCGAGUUGAUUGGAGCUUCCCAAGGCAGGGGGUGGGAUCUGACACUAUUGACCCUGCUUGUUGCCAGGUAGAACUCUAAAAGAUGAGUGUGUGGACCAGAUCUUCACAGGAGAGAAUGAAGCUAUAUGGACAGAACAGUUCCUAUUGGACUUUAAAAGGAAAAGAGCAGGUAGCACCUUGAACAUGGAGAUAAGGGAAGUAUGUGGUUAAGAAAUCACACACCGAAAAGGAAUGGGGCCUACAGAAUACAUAGCCUCCACAGCUCUUUAAUGGGCAUACUUCAGCACUUUGUGUGUGUCUGUAUGUCUUUUAGCAUGAGUGUGAUGAGUGUGGCCCUUACUGCAAUGGAAUGUGAGUUCUCAUCGCCAAGCCUGCGUAAUCGACGCAGAUUGCACAUGGUGACACCUUGUUGGAGUUCUACUCAACUGUCAUUGACUGCCUAUCAAAUACCAAAAUGAGGGGACCUAGCCUGUACCACAAACUCUUCAAACACCACCUGCCUCGUUCUUAACACACAACACUUUUCCAACUGCUGUCUAUCAGUGUCCUUAUAUGUAUUUUGUAUUGCUUAUGUAAUUACUUAUUUAUAGAGAUUUAUAUUUUUACUUUUAAGCUCCAGUUACUGUCAUGACUAUAGUAUUAUGAGAGAUAUACUGUAACUAGGAGCUAGAGACCACAGUUGAGCUCUAACGAUUGACCAUAAUUACUGUAUACCACCACUGAACAUUGUUGUUAAGAUAUUUGUACAAGUCAAUAUCCAACUGUUCACUGUCUGUUACCCUUUGUAGAAGAAAUGAUCUGUGUGUUUGUAUGUACUGUAUGUGUGAGAGAGUACCUGUAUGAAUGAGUUUUAUACGACUCCUUAUAACCCUAUUGAACGGACUAGAGGGGGAAGAAGCAGAGGUUCAGUCGGUUGAAGGAGGAAAAGAUUGAGCGGAAGAGGGAGAGAGGGCUUACGUGAGAACUCCGAAGCUAUGCUGUGAUUAUCAGUGUCUGGUUAAUGCAGACCAGCACUCAAAUAGAGCUUCGACGCAGAUAGCAUGACUGCCAGGAAAAAUAUUGAUUGGUUCUCAUGAUGAACAUCCUGCAUGCCUCUCUCUCGCCUUCAUUCAAGCAGCAGCCAAUCACACGCAAUCCUGGGAACCUUUGGAGUCGCUGACGUUGGGGAUUUUUCCAAUUUCGGGAUUCGUUUUUUUCUCCUGUGUUGUUUUGUUUCCCGUAUUAAAAGUCUUGCAGUCACAGUGCA